AUGGAUUGUAUAGGCUAUUUAAAAAUUGAACCAAUAGAAAAGACCCAAAUUAAAGUAUCUAUAAACCAGAAACCGGGAAAACACAAAGCAAAUAAGAAAUCACUACCAGGGAAUCAUACUUUGAUACCUUUGCAACCAUUACAAGUAUUGACCAUUGGAAGAUCAUUCACAAAAAAUAUCCAUCUCAACAAUCCUACUGUGUCCAUGAAUCACGGUGUUAUAUGGUCUACCCAAUUCGAUGAAGACUCUGCACCAGUGGUAUAUCUUCACGACCAAUCCAGAAAUGCAAUACAACACAAUGGAAACGAAUUGGGUAGAGGAAAAAUAGCUAUUUUGAAUGACGAUGAUGUUAUUGAAAUCCAAAUGGCUGCUAAAAUUACAUUUAAAGCUAUUGCAGAUCACGCAUCAUCAAUUAACGAGGUUGAUCAACUGCUUGAAGAUUGGGAAAUCACAAAUAAGUUGAUCGGAAGUGGAUCAUUUGGAUCUGUUUUUCUUGCUAGAAAAACAAAUUCGUCACAACUUUUUGCCGUUAAAAUUAUUCAGAAAAACUACUCCUCUUAUUUUUCAGGUGGUUAUUUGACAUCUCAUGAAUCUGAAUUGUUAGCAAGAAUUAAACACGUACGUAAUUGUUUAACCACUUCCACCCACCUAGAUAAAUUUCAAUGGUUACUAACUUUUAUCUCUAGCCCAAUAUAA